UUCGGUGUUUCCACUUCCGUUUCCACUCUUCAUAACAUCUGAUAUAUCACUUCAUAUCAUCCAUAGUGGUUAUUUCAACCAUGGCGAUGGCAAGAUCGCUGUCUGUCUUCUCCCUUCGCUUCUCUCUCCUCCUUCCACGCUGCCUUCACUCCACUGCCGCCCCUCCGCUCCCAACCCUCAUCCUCGCCCGUCGUCACAACCCCGCUGCCGCCGCCCUCUGUCGCUCCCUCCCUCCCGUUGCCGCCCGCUUUACUGCUGUCCGCUGCAAUGCCAACCGCGCCGCUGAGAACAUGGCCUACUCGCCGCUGAACAACAGUUCGUCGGGUUCCAACUUCAGCGAGCGGCCGCCCACCGACAUGGCCCCGCUGUUCCCAGGCUGCGAUUACGAACAUUGGCUGAUCGUCAUGGACAAGCCCGGUGGCGAGGGUGCCACCAAGCAACAGAUGAUCGAUUGCUACAUUCAGACCCUCGCCAAGGUCCUUGGAAGUGAAGAGGAAGCUAAGAAGAAGAUUUACAAUGUUUCAUGUGAGAGGUACUUCGGGUUUGGAUGUGAGAUUGAUGAAGAGACCUCUAAUAAGCUGGAAGGGUUGCCUGGAGUUCUGUUUGUUCUCCCAGAUUCAUAUGUUGAUCCUGAAAACAAGGACUAUGGUGCUGAACUAUUUGUGAAUGGAGAAAUCGUCCAGAGAUCACCUGAAAGACAGAGAAGGGUGGAGCUACAGCCACAACGGCAUCAAGACAGGCCAAGAUACAAUGAUAGAACAAGGUAUGCUCGACGUAGAUAAAGCAUAAGGUGA